AUGUGCUUCUCAAGAAUCUUUGUAAGCAGCGUACAUGUGGGAAGGCCUUAGCUACAUCUAGCUAAGGCCUAUGUUGUUGAUGGGACAGUAAUCAUUGAUGGGACAGUAAUGGCUGAAAGCCAAUUACUGGAAUUAUAGCAAUAAAAGCUUUAUGGAAACUUGUGCCUCAGGGAACAUAAGCCAAACACCCACCAACACACAGAAAACACAGACGUCCUGGAGCACUUUCUCUCUUCAUAAGUGCACACAUUAUGCCUUUAACUUUUUUUAAAAAAAAACUUUGGGAGGGUUAGGGGGCUUCACGUGCAUCAAGAGAGGGGUCCAAGCUACCCUGGUGCCCAUGGGUGCCAUGCUGGAGAAUCCAGCAGUAUGUGCUAGGGAUAUUUGCAUUACCACAUUCCUCACUAACUGUGAUUUCCCUCUCAAUUUCUCUGCCAUUGGAGGCCCUGGUGCUGCGUUUGAAGUCUCCUCCUCCAUACACUGGGAGUUGAGAUGACCACUUCCUACCUCGCUUUGCUCACCCACACCAGCCAACCACCCCCUUUCCCCCCUUUUUAAAGUUGCAUAAAUUAAAGCUGCAAUCUGAGGGGCUCUCAUUUGGAAAUGCAUUCCAUUAAACUCAAGGGGAUUUAUUUACUGAGUAGUAAGCAUGCGUAAGAGUUGACUCACAGGCUGGGGUCAAUAGGGGAAGGGGGAGAUUGCUCCUAGAUUGAUCCUCCAUUUUAAUUCUACCCACUCAAUUUAGGACCUUGUAGCAAGUUUGACAGCUAAACCUGCCACACAGGCAUGAGACUGGAUGGCCCCCACCCACUCACAGGAUCUUGUGGGGAGCUGUAAAACUUUUUUGUUCAUCUAAGCACGUUGGUGAAGGCAUGGACUUAUCAACUGUGUCCAUGCAUGUUUGUAGGAGUAGUUUAGUAGCUUGACUUUAUACUGAGUCAAACAUGCCUUUACCAGCACUCUUCAGCUGAUUGCUGCAUGUAUUAUUUGUUUAUUUGUUUAUUGCAUUUUUAUACCGCCCAAUAGCCGAAGCUCCCUGGGUGGGUCACAAAAACUGUACCGUGACCACGUGAUGGGGUGGGUGGCUGCCCAGUCCCAGCAUCUGCCCCUUGGAGGAAUUAACCUACAACCAGUGAAACCAGUCUGGAUCAUGGCAUUUGCUCCACUGAGGCACUCCUGGGAGUGCUUGAGAGCACAGGCAGCCAACCACCUCUUGUUCUGAGCCUCAGCAGUUUCCCUGCCUCUGCUACUGGCUGAGGACUCCCAGUGUAUCCCCAUGGUGCAAGUGCCCUCUCCAUAAACACCCCCAGCUGACAUCAGCAUUGGGCACUGUAGCUGGGUGUCCACCUUGGUGGAAUGGGACAUGGCAUGGAAAGCCCCCCACCCUCCCUACAAGAAAAAGGGGAGGGGGAGAGGAGCGGCACUCAUCCAUUGCCGCUGACCCCCUGUGGCUCUUGGCUCCCUGGCCUGGAGUGGCAACAGAAGCCCUGCUCUUGGUGGUCAUGAUCCCAGCAUAGCCCCAUGGCAUUUUGAAAGCAGGCUUCCCAGAUGCAUGGAAGGCUCUGCCCAGGCCAGAAGCAUCCAGGGACAGAGGCUCAAGUCCAAUGAGGCUCAGAAGUCCUCUGUCCGAGGAGCUCUUCUUCCAUCCUUCAGUCUUAAAGAAUGGUCUCAGCCCCGUUAUAAAGCAGUGCAGGUUUCCACAGGCAUCUUGACUGCAGUCUUAGGUAACGUUCUACUUUGGUGUUCAGUAACAAGAGUAGCAAAUCCCAGUGCAAGACCCUGUUCUCUGAGGGGGAGUUGUCCCCACUUCAAACAACCAAUAAACUGUAGGAGGAGGUACAAAGGAGAUCUGGGGGGUGGGGAUAACAACAUGUGUGAGUGAACCUCAAUGGAUCUCCGCAACACGCUGCAGCAGAGGUGUAAAUUUCUAAGCUUUCAUACGCUGUAUAAAUGCUAUAUAACUGAAGUGGGAUAAUUCGAGUGUAAACCAGAACAGAAGUGUAGGUGGGAUGAAGCCUGGGAAGGAAAAAAAAGCCCUUUCUUGAUCCAUUCUACCAAUUUAGCCUUGUCUCCAACUUUUCCAUUCUCUGAAACAGCUCUUAAGGGAUCAGUGCUAUUUGUAGUAAUUUGAGACAGCCCAUUUGUCCUAGCAUGACUUCCUGCUCUGUGCCAACCAAAGCAAGGUCUCUGACCCCUUGUAUAUCUUCCUAUCCUGCCAAUAUGUGCCUGCCUCCCACUGAGUGGAGAGACAAGUGGACACUGACCUUCAUAGAUGUGGGUUGCAAAUAAGUAGUUCUUACUUAUAACACUUGCAAGCAAUGCAGACUCUCUAGCAACCAGCUUUGUCCUUCCAACUGAGCUACAAGAGGGACCGAGCAGGAAGGAGCUGCUGCAAUGCCUGGUCUCCUGAUCUCGUCACUUUCAUGCUUCUACCUCCUCCUCCUCUUUCCACUGAUCUCGAAGUCUGACUCUGAAGAGCAAGGUGUUGUAGUCACCAGCAGUGGUCCAAUCAAGGGCAAAGAUCUUCCAGUUGGUUCUGGCUUUGUGUCUGCCUAUCUGGGCAUCCCUUAUGCUGAGCCCCCCCUGGGAAAAUUACGUUUCCAGAAGCCUGUUCCACAUCAGCCAUGGAGUCAAGUCUUCGAGGCUACCCGUUUUGGCAAUGCCUGUCCCCAGUUCUUUUCUUUGGGAUUCCUUGAGGCAAAGAUUUGGGCUGCCAAUCGACCACUCUCAGAAGAUUGUCUCUUUCUCAAUGUCUGGGUUCCUCAUCCACCACCUUCUUCACCAACUCCUGUCCUUGUCUGGAUACAUGGAGGGGGAUUUCUCAUUGGCACAUCCUCCUUAGAUAUGUAUAAUGGAGCACGUUUAGCUUAUCAUGAGAAUGUCAUUGUAGUCACCAUUAAUUACCGCCUGGGGGCUCUAGGCUUCCUCUCAUUGCCACCAGCUGCCCCAGGAAACAUGGGCCUCUUGGACCAACAGCUGGCACUGAAGUGGGUACAGGAGAAUGCAGCUGCCUUUGGUGGAGAUCCAACUCGCGUGACCCUUUUUGGCCAGAGUGCUGGAGCAGCCUCCGUGGGUUUCCAUCUACUCUCACCCAGUAGCCAGCCCCUGUUUGCCCAAGCUGUGCCUCAGAGUGGGGCUCCCAAUGCCAUCUGGGCUUGGAAAAGUCCUGAGGAGGCCAAGCAGAACGCCCUUAAUUUCAGCCAGCUCCUGGGCUGUGCAGAAGGCAAUGAUACUGCAGUGGUGAGCUGCCUCCAGGAAAAAGAUGCCAUGGAAUUGGUUCAGCAUGAGGUAUCCCUCCUUCAAAACACCAAGUUCCUAUUGGUCAUUCCCUUUGUACCAACAACAGAUGGGGAUUUUUUGCUUGACGAGCCACAGAAGCUUCUGGAAGCCGGGAAAAUUCAGCAUAAACCAAUUCUCAUGGGUGUCACCUCUGAUGAAGGGUCUACUUUUGUGCCAUUUCUUUUUCCUGACACCAAUCACAGCCUAAUCAGUUGGGAACAACUUCUGAAAGGGAUAGGGAUGACUAUGCAAAGGGAACCUGAUGAAGCUGUUGAGGCGGUGGCACUGAAAUACAGCGAAGGCCAUGGUCCGGCAAAGUAUCGUUGGUCCUUGUCACAGUUCAUUGGUGAUUUCAUCAUUGAAUGCUCGUCUACCAAAUUUCUUUCAAAGCUCAGAGAAGCUGGGAUUCCUGUGUACAUUUAUUCCUUUACACAUCACACCUCUGGUUCUGCUAUGCCUGAAUGGACUGGAGCAUUCCACGGUGCUGAGAUACCUUAUGUGUUUGGGACCCUGGAAUCAGUAGUAGGUGUCAGCCGAACAUACACGGAGGCCGAGGGUGCACUGGGCCGUAGGAUGAUGCGGUACUGGGCUGAAUUCUCCAGAAGCGGGAAUCCCACAGGGUCAGUGGCCAAUGAGGUACAGUGGCCGCUCUAUAAUGCCACCCAGCAGAACUUCUUUAAUCUUAGCACUGAGCCAUCCCUGAUUAUGGAGACAUCACCUGCCCGACAUUGUAGUUUCUUGGAAAGUCUUUUUUUGAAGGCUGCAAAUCCACUGAAAGGACGACGGCAUCUGCCGUCUGCUGCCUUGCUCUGGAGUUGCAUUGGAGGCCUGUCCAGGCAGAUGGCAGCACCUGAUUGUUCGCCAUCUUCCCAGGCAGGUGGAAGGGGGUGGGCCAGUGGGCCAAUGGCUACUGGAACGCCUCCGUGCUUCUCCAGUGUGGGGGGAAGGACUCUUGGUCCCUGAAAAAUAGGCUAAAAACAAAACAAAAAUAUUGGAGGUAUGUGAGGAGGUGCGGGUGCCCCGGUGUACAGGUGGUGCACGGGACGGGCACCCCUCCUCACAUGCAAACCCCUCACUCAUUCCUAAAGGAGUGCAAGCGCAGGGUAUUGGGAGGUGGAGGUGCCAAUGCUCCUUCUUCAAGACAGCCCCCACGAUCCUUGAAUCUUUUCAGUCUAGGGAGGGGUUGAUUCACCUCCAUCUGUGCUGCUUGGUGCUCACUGAAGCUGUGUGGCCACCUGUCCAUUCAGGCCUCCAAUCUUGCAGGAAUGUUGGCUUUAUGGCCACAAUUUGCAUAAAAGCCCUUUUGCUCUGAAUAAUGAGCCACCCGUUUUACAAAAAUGCCAGCUCUCGAGGAG